GUGUACACAUUUCGUUCGUUUGUUACCACGUGCUCAGCAGCACAAUAUCGAAGCGGCUAAGCAGGUUUCGUUUUAAUUUGGCAUUUAUUUUGAUUCACAGUGCAAUUUUGAAUUUAAGAAGAAGAAAACCUCACAAUGGAAGAAGAAGAUCAAAUCGAGCAAGAUCCAUCGGUGGUGAAUUUUAUUCCAUGCCUAUCGUUCGUGAAACGCGGUGUGGCCAAAGAAAAUCCAGACAAGGUGACUCUAACGCGAGAAGAGUUGGCCAAAGUAAUUUCGUCGACGAAAAAAGAAUUGGACGACGAAGAAAAUGAUGAUGACGAUAACGAGGAGAAUGAUGAGAAUAUGGACACAUCCGAUGCGGUUGAAUCACAGCCACGCAACCCAGAUGACGAGUUCAAUUUUGCAGACUAUGAUAAUGAAGAUGAAACACAAGUGGCAGCCGUGAGUGAUAUAGCUGUCAUUGAUCCCAAUGAAGAAAACAUCAGUGACGGCGAAGACUCGGAAGCUGAAGAUGAUUUAAUCAAGCCAACCGACAAUCUUCUUCUCGUUGGUCACGUCGAUGAUGAUGCAUCAUCGCUGGAAGUGUAUGUGUACAAUGAAGAAGAGAACAGUUUCUAUGUGCAUCAUGACUUUUUGUUGCCAAGCUUUCCACUUUGUAUCGAAUGGCUGAAUUAUGACCCGGAAAGCAAAGAUACAGGCAAUAUGUGUGCCAUCGGUUGCAUCGAUCCAAUUGUCACAAUUUGGGAUUUGGACAUUCAAGACACACUGGAACCGGCUGUUAAAUUGGGUUCGAAAGGCAAACGAAAGAAGGGAAUUGAGAAAUUCGGACAUACAGACGCUGUAUUGGAUUUGUCGUGGAAUAAAAAUUUUCAACAUAUUCUAGCGAGUGCUUCGGUCGAUCAAACAGUAAUACUUUGGGAUUUAGACGAACUUCAGCCGCACACAACGAUUCGUGCAUUCCAAGAAAAGGUUCAAUCACUGAAAUUCCAUCCAACUGAACCAAGCCAAUUGUUGACUGGCUGCUGUGAUGGAACAGUCAAAUUGUUUGACUGUCGUGAUCCGAGUGAAGUGGACACAAGCUUCAAGCAAUGGUCAUUCACUGGAGCCGAAGUUGAACGAGUCUAUUGGGAUCCACACAAUACGAACUACUAUUUUGUUGGCUUGAACAAUGGAUUCAUUCACUAUUGUGAUGUGCGCCAAGAGGGCAACAGUCUGUGGAAUGUCCAAGCACACAGUGACGAGGUCAGCGGUAUUAUAGUGAAUUAUAUGCAAACCGGUAUGGUCACUACGACAUCAGCUGAUGGGGUUCUCAAGGUAUGGAAAUACGAUGCCACCAGUACACCGUCAUUAAUCCAUGAAAAUGAAGUUGGCAUCGGUCGCAUUCAAUGUGCAGACAUUUCUCCCGAUAAUGGAUUCACACUGGCCGUUGGUGGUGACAACAAACAAAAACAAUUGCGAGUCAUCGAUGUACGCGAUUAUGAAACGGUUAAAAGAACCUUUAACGCUUAGGCUUAUUUUCUUUUGUAUUAAAUUUUAAUGGAAUAAAGUCAAAUUGAUUGAUUCGUGUCAGAAGUGGCACGAAGUGAAAAAAAA